UUUCCGACACAGGAAAGCGCAGCGGCGCCGAGAGGCAGCUCCGCGGCCGCCAUGGACUGCGAGGCCAAGAAGGGGAAGAAGGGCUUCGUGUCACCCAUCAAGCGGUUGGUGUUCCCCAAGGCAGCCCGGAGGCACACGCUCCGCAGCAGCGUCUACCGGCGGCCGCUGCACUCGGUGCCCCUCUACCCCCCCGACUACCUGAUCGACCCCCAGAUCCUGCUGCACGACUACGUGGAGAAGGAGGUGAAGUUUUUAGGGCACCUGACGUGGGUGACAGCCUCCCUGAACCCCUCCAGCCGGGAUGAGGUGCUGCAGCUGCUGGACACAGCCAGGCAGCUGAAGGAGCUGCCACUGCAGACAACGCCGGAGCAGGACAGCAUCCUCAGCCUCUCUGCCCGCUGCCUCCUGCUCACAUGGCGUGACAAUGAGGAGCUGAUCCUGCGCAUCCCCACACAUGAGAUCGCUGCCGCAUCCUACCUGCGGGAUGAUGCUCUGCACCUCUUCAUCCUCAAAACCGGCCUGGGCGUGGACCCGGUUCCUGCCGGUGCUCACCCCGAGGCCGCCCCCCCCGUGUUCCCGCAGUCGUUCCCCGGGGAGCGGCGGGGGGGGGGCGGCUCGUGGCCGGGGCCGCCGCGGAUGGGGGGGCCGGUGGAGCGGCGGCACACCAUCUGCAGCCUGGACUGGAGGGCGGCACGGACCGGACCCGACGGCCGCCGGGGGGGCAGCCUCGAGCGGCGGCAGCGGCCGUCGGGCAGCUGGGAGCGGCCGAGAGCCCGGCCCGCAGGCGGCAGCUGGGAACGGGGAGCCGGCUUCGGCAGCUGGGAGAGGAGGCACACGGGCAGCAACCCCCUGGAGCCGCAGGAGCCCUGCCCCGACGCCUACUGCAACCUCAUCAUCCUCGCCGUGCCCAGCAGGGAUGCUGCCGAGGAGUCCUGUGCGCUCAUCUGCCAGGUCUUCCAGAUCAUCUAUGGGGACCAGAGCAUCGAGUGCGUGGAUCGUGCCGGGUACCACUACACCUCCACCCCAACACGGCCCUGGCUCUCCAGCCGCAGUGAGAGCUGCCGCACAGACGGGACGUACGCCUACGAUGCUGACUUCAGCUGCUGCAGCUCCUUCAACAGCUCCCAUGAGACAUUCGAGGCAUAUUACAGCGGAGCCUCCUCACCCUCCUUCCACCGGUCCCACCACAGCCUGGCCACUGCCUGCAGCGGCAGCGACCAGAGCGGCGCGGGGCUGGAGCAGCUGCAGGACUACAUGGUGACGCUGCGCAACAAGCUGUCACCUCAGGAGAUCCAGCAGUUCGCCCUCCUGCUGCGGGAAUACCGGCUGGGAACCCCGGUGCAGGAAUACUGCACCGAGCUCCUGCGCCUCUAUGGGGACCGCAGGAAGUUCCUCCUCCUAGGAAUGAGACCCUUCAUCCCCGACCAAGACAUCGGGUACUUCGAGACGUUCCUGGAGAGCAUUGGCAUCCGGGAGGGAGGGAUCCUCACCGACAGCUUCGGCCGCAUCAAGCGCAGCAUGAGCAACACUUCAGCCUCAGCCGUGCGCAGCUAUGACAGCUGGUCCCUGCGCUCCGAGGCCGAGUCCUUCAACCGCAUGAUCACAGACAUCACCCACGACAUCGAGGCGCUGGCGCGGGAUGAGGAGGAGGAGGAGGAGGAGGAAGAGGACAACUACCUGUGAGCGGUGCCCUCCCUGCUGCCAAGGUGGUGCUGCAGCCCCAAGGUGCCCAGC